AUGGACGAUUUGCCCAACGAUGCCAAGUCAAAGGAGGUUGUCAGACUUUGGAGAGCGUGGAGGACGGUGCACGAGAUGGUUGCUGAUCGGGAAUACGAAUUAGCAGAGGAAGAAGUCAACAUUUCGCUGGACCGUUUCCGCGACGAAUAUUGCAACCCAGACGGCUCUGUAAACCGCUCCAAGCUCCAAUUCUCAGCCCGUCCCAGCGACGCCAUGCUCAAGAAAAACACCCCUCCAGCAACCGAAUCCAAUCCCGACCCCGUCCCCGACUGCGGCCCCGUCUGGGUCGAGUUCCUCACCGACAAGCAAUUCGGCGUCGGCCAGAUCCGCCAGUUCGCCAAAUACACCAUCUCCAACAACUACAAGACCGGCAUCAUGGUCACGCACGUUGCCUUGUCGCCCGCGGCCCGCAAGUCCCUCGCUAGCGUCGAGAACCUCGCCAAGAUUGAGUGUUUCCUGGAAGACGACCUUCUCGUCAACAUCACGCACCACGAGCUCGUCCCCCGACACGUGUUGCUGUCCAGGGAUGAGAAGACGGCCCUGCUGAAGCGAUAUCGUCUGAAGGAGACGCAGCUGCCGAGAAUUCUGCAAAAGGAUCCCGUGGCGAGAUAUCUGGGGCUCAAGAGAGGACAGGUCGUUAAGAUUAUUCGAAUCAGCGAGACGGCUGGUCGGUAUGCUAGCUAUAGAUUGUGUGUCUGA